AUGGCCAUGAAUGUAGAAGAAAAGGGCCCUAUGGAAGGAAGAGAGAAUUAUACAGAAGAUGGAACAGUGGAUCUCAAAGGUAGACCUGUUCUAAGAUCAAACACUGGAAGAUGGAGAGCUUGUUCCUUCAUUGUAGGGUACGAAGUGUUUGAGAGGAUGGCAUAUUAUGGGAUCGCAACAAAUCUAGUGGUUUACUUGACAAGUAAGCUGCAUGAAGGCACUGUUACAUCUUCAAACAACGUCACGAACUGGGCUGGUACGGUUUGGAUGACACCCAUUUUAGGGGCUUACAUCGCCGAUGCUUAUCUUGGCCGAUACUGGACUUUUGUCUUUGCUUCAGCUAUUUAUGUCCUGGGAAUGUCCCUAGUAACACUAGCAGUUUCAGUUCCAGGCCUAAGACCACCAUCAUGUGGGCAUGGUAUCAAACCAGAGGACUGUCCGAAACGAGCCUCAGAUUUUCAAGUGGGCAUAUUUUACUGUGCCUUGUACAUCAUUGCCAUUGGAACAGGUGGAACCAAGCCCAACAUCUCAACCAUGGGUGCUGAUCAAUUUGAUGAUUAUGAACCUAAAGAAAGGAUGCAAAAGCUAUCCUUUUUCAAUUGGUGGAUGUUUAGUAUUUUCUUUGGUACACUCUUCUCGAACACAUUCUUGAUCUACAUACAAGACAAUGUGGGCUGGGCCAUCGGAUAUGGGCUUCCCACUAUUGGGCUUGCAUUUUCCAUCAUGGUGUUCUUGGUGGGCACCAAAUAUUAUAGGCACAAAUGGCCCACAGGUAGUCCUCUCACUAAGAUAGUUAUGGUGCUUGUGGCUGCUAUAAGGAACUGGAAGGUACCUCUCCCAAAUGACCCUAAAGAACUGUAUGAGCUCAGUUUGGAAGACUAUGCAAAAUCAAGCAGAUUCAGAAUCGACCAUACUCCGUCACUAAAGUUUCUGGACAAAGCAGCAGUGAAGACUAGCUCGUUAAGCUCGCCAUGGACACUAACUCCAGUGACCCAAGUCGAAGAAACGAAGCAAAUCCUCAAAAUGAUUCCGAUCUUAGUGGCAACAUUCAUACCGAGCACCAUGGUAGCUCAGACUGGUACACUUUUCAUCAAACAGGGGACGACCCUCGACAGAGCCAUGGGACCAAACUUCGAAAUCCCACCAGCUUGCCUUGCAGCCUUCGUCACCAUCUUCAUGCUCAUAAGCAUCGUCCUCUACGACCGCUACUUCGUCCCCGCCGUUCGCCGCUACACCCACAACCCAAGAGGAAUCACUCUGUUACAGAGACUGGGCAUUGGCCUAGUCCUUCAUACCAUCAUCAUGGUCACGGCUUGUUUGGCCGAAAGGAAAAGACUUAGUGUCGUCAGAGAAAAAGGCAUCACCGGCAAAAAGGACAUCGUCCCACUCACCAUCUUCAUUCUCCUCCCCCAGUUUGCUCUCAUGGGGGUCGCUGAUUCCUUUGUCGAAACGGCAAAGAUAGAGUUUUUCUACGACCAAGCACCACAGGGCAUGAAGAGCUUGGGAACUUCGUACUUCACUAGUAGUUUGGGGAUUGGGAGUUUCCUAAGUAGUUUUGUUCUGACGACGGUUUCGGACUACACUAAACGACAUGGACGAAAAGGUUGGAUUUUGGAUAAUCUGAACGCUUCCCAUUUGGAUUACUACUACGCUUUCUUGGCUGUGUUGAGCUUUCUCAACUUCUUCUUCUUUCUUUUUGUGGCUAAGUCGUUUGUUUAUAAUGCUGAUGUUACCGAAUCCAAGAGAGACUUCGCCUUGGAACCUUACAAGGUGAAACCUUCAAUUCCGGAGAGUGAAGGGUCUCAUACUGGACUUGUUAUCUAAUCAAAACUGUUAAGCUUG